AGAAGUGGAACUUCACGAUACACUAUCUGGUACCUUUGAGCGGAAAUUAAUAUUUAUAAUUCGUUUGUAAUUGCAAUUGAGUUGUCAAUAGUCGAUGCCGGGGACGAAGAUUUAAUCUAUUUGAGAUCUACAACUUGGAAGGUCAACGUCGACAAGGAAUCUUCGUUGGGAUUAAACAUUAUUAAUCCGGCAGAAAAUGUGUUCACCGUAGUCGAUUGUACGUACAGUACAACUUUUGGUGCAUUAACAUUGUUUCGCAUAGUUAAUUUAAAACUUCAGUUAUGACGUUCAGAGUCAAAAUCAUUUCGUUUUUCUUGCUCUCAUCGCUGAUACUUUACACACUAACUCCAAGGAAAGGAUGGAAAGUUGGAAAACCUCCGAAAGUUGAAGAGUAUCACCAGACAGCGAUUAAAAAAUCUCCACCGAUUGUAGCAGGUCUUAUGGGAGGACUCGGUAACCAGCUAUUUCAAUAUGCUGCUGCAUACUCCGUAGCUAAGAAACGAAAUUCCGACAUCUACAUUUGUGUGCAUGGAAACGAUGCUAAACUCAAAGACAUGAUCUCAUCCUACUCUUCCAAGCAACGCAAAUAUUCGUUACAUCAAUUUAACAUUCCUCAAGAUAAGUUACUGUUUCUGAAUCAGUCUGCUAAUUUUGGGUGGAAUAGAUUCGAUGAAAUCCAGUGCGGCAUUGAUUAUUACUUGAACGGAAGAAAAGUGGAAAAUUAUGUGGUGACCGAAGUGAAUGUGUUAGCGGGUGAUCUACCCGACGAUAAAGUGCUUAAAUUCAACGAUUAUUUUGAGUCGGAUGUAUUUUUUGCGCAUUAUAAAUCGGACAUUUUGAAUCUAUUUCAACCAACGUUCGAUACACGACCAAUUGAACAUUUAAAAUUAUUGGUUUCGUCAACGGAAAACAGUGUUUCGGUUCAUAUCCGUAGGGGUGAUUUUGUUCCAAAUCGAGUCAUCCCACUCAGUUAUCAGAGAGAGGCAAUGCAAUUGAUCAAAGAAAAAUUACAGACUAGCAACGUGACGUUCUUUGUGUUCACCGACGAUUUAGUUUAUGUGAAAAAUCAUUUAGAUGAGGGAAAUGAUGAGCCCAACCGCAUCAUUUAUAUGUCCGACUUCACCGAAGACAAUGCUCUGGAUGAUUUUCUUUUAAUGUCACUUUGCCAGCACAACAUCAUACCGAAUAGUAGUUUUAGUUGGUGGGCGGCAUAUCUGAAUAAGAAUCCCGAUAAAAUUGUUGUCGCUCCACUGCCCAGGUAUAAUUCGGAGUUUAUUCAUGAACACUAUCUCAGUAAUCACAAAAAAAUGAUUAUUAGUGAAUUGGCUUAUCCGAAAGGAUGGAUAACAAUUAAACCGAAAUUUUGAAGUUAUUCGGGCCAUCGAUAAAAAACCUUUUUCAUUGUUGUCCCGAUUCUUGCGAUUUAUUUUGAAAAGAGAAACCAGGAUCUUUGGAACAAAUUUGAUCAUUCAUGUGUAAUCUAGAAUUGUAUAAACGAUCAAAUAAAACUCUUGAAGAUGACG